CAUCUGACAACCAUGAUGGAGAAGACAAGGAUGCUGGUUCUCUCUGUGUGUUUGACCUUCAUGUUUCUGGGCGGCACUGAGGAGCAAAUCAGUCCAAAUGCAACAGCACCCAACAACAACACUGACCCGGCCAGUACAACUCAGCCUCCACCAGCCACACAACAGCCUGACCGCACCACGACUCAAACCGCCUCCAGCAGCCGCAGUACUGUUACCACCACAUCCCCUCCUACAUCCUCCACUCAUGCUGUGCCUACAGCAACCACAACUACACCACAGCAGCCACCAACGCCCUCCAGAGCCACAGCAUCCACCUCUCAGCACUCUCCAACAGGGACUAAAACACCCUCAACUUCAACUAUGACAACAAAAGGAGGGUCUGCCGCUUUGGUCGGGUCCCUCAGUAGCAUGCUAGUGCCUUUGGUUGCUGUCCUUUUCUACUGUGCAUAGGGCUGAAAGUGCAAAAUUUCUAAAUGUACAAAGAAAUAUUUUAAUUUUUAUAACACAGCCUCAGCUUUAAAGCUAAGUGUCACACGUUUUUAUAUGUAUUUUCUUAACUGCACUGAGCUAUUUUCAAUUUUUGAUCAGAAUGUUCAGCACAAUUGAAAUGAAGGAUGUAAAAUCACACGUGAUAUAAAUCAAAGCUAUAUUUAUCACGUCGCAAGGAACACCUUCGCUCAAGAGAAAUAAAAUGUAAUUUUUAUAUUAAGAAUCUAAUUAAACAUGUGAUCAAUUUAAAAUAAGGUGUAAAAGUAAAUGGAUAAAUCCUGUUAUAAAAAAAAGUGAAGUUCUACA